GACACAGUUACACAUACUCAGCUAGGGUUCUAGAACGUUCGGUACCGUCAAUGGCCCAAGUAAUGGACGUCCGUCGUGAACGAAGCAAGGAAAAUGUGAACAACUCGCCGGAUUCUUCUCCACCACCGCCGCGUAGACGCGUAAUGGAUGUUCCAGUGGAACGCCGCCGUGAAGGAAGCAAGGAAAACGUCAACAAGUCGCCGGAGUCUUCUCCUACGCCGCUUUCACCAUCGCUGCCGCAUAGACGUGUAAUGGACGUUCCGGUUGAACGCCGCCGUGAGCGAAGCAAGGAAAACGUGAACAACUCGCCGGAGUCGUGGCAUAGACGCGGACGGAGAGAUGAGAGAGAAUUUGAUAACCGAGGUGAUUAUUACUAUGAUCGUAGCCGUUCUCCUCCUCCGCCGCGAGAGCGUGACUACAAACGCCGUCGUCCUAGCUUUAGCCCUUCUCCACCUCCAUAUCGUAACCGUCGUAAUGGACGUUCUCCUUCUCCUCCUCCGUAUCGUGACCGUCGUGGUGGAGGACAUUCUCCUUCACCUCCUCCUCCAUUUCAUGACCGCCGUGGUGGUGGACAUUCUCUUUCGCCUCUUCCUCUUCGUCGCCGUUCGCCACCAUUUCCACCUUACAAGCGCUCUCGGAGGGAUGAUUACCAAGGCAGCCGUGGACGCGGACGUGGACGUGGUUAUCGACCUGCUGAUCGGAGGUAUGGUUAUGACUAUCAAGUUGGUUAUGAGCGCGAGACAGGAGGCAGGCUUGGUUAUCACGACGAGAGACCUCAUGGUCGAUUCGUCGACCGUUCCUCAGGUGGCUAUCUAGAUAGGGAUACUGGCCGUGAUGGAUUUGCUAAUUCUCUUGGUGCAGGGAGCAAUGAAAGGUCUACAAUUUUAGAAGGAUUGAAGUCUUAUAAGCAGUUCAUUCACGAGCUUGAAGAUGAUAUUUUGCCUGCUGAAGCUGAGCGCAGGUACCAAGAAUACAAGUCUGGGUAUAUAGAAGCCCAAAAAAGAGCUUAUUUUGAUGUUCAUAAAGAUGAAGAAUGGUUGAAAGACAAAUACCAUCCUACAAACUUAAUUUCUGUUAUUGGAAGGAGGAAUGAACUUGCACGGAAGUUGGCAAAAGAUUUCGUCCUUGAUUUGCAAAGUGGAAUAUUAGAUUUAGGUCCUAGGGUUACGCCUGCUUCUGCUAACAAGCCAGGACAAUCAAGUGAGCCAAAUUAUGAUGAUGAAGCAGAUGACGGUGGCAAAAGGAGGCAGCAUGGAAGGGGACCCACUAAAGAUACUGAUUUACUUUCAGCUGCUCCAAAGGCUCACCAUGUGAGUUCUGAGCCUAGAAGAGUCCAGAUUGAUAUUGAACAAGCACAGGAACUUGUGGGCAAGCUUGACUCUGAAAAGGGAAUAGAGGAUAACAUACUGUCUCAGUCUGAUAAUGAUAGGGGAAGCAGAGACAAGUCUCAUGGGGAUACCUCUGGCCCUGUAAUUAUCAUAAGGGGCUUAACUUCAGUAAAAGGUCUUGAGGGGACUGAGCUGCUCGAUACACUUCUAACCUAUUUGUGGCGCAUUCAUGGGGUGGAUUACUAUGGCAUGACUGAAACAAAUGAAGCUAAGGGUUUGCGGCAUGUGAGAGUGGAGGGAAAGGUUUCCAAUGUAAUAACUAAUGGGGCAGAGUGGGAAAAGAAACUUGACGCACAUUGGCAAGGGAGGCUGAAGGGGCAGGAUCCUUUGGAGCUAAUGACUGCAAAGGAAAAAAUUGAUGCAGCUGCUAUAAAAGGUUUAGAUCCCUAUGUCCGUAAGAUUAGGGAUGAGAAGUAUGGUUGGAAAUAUGGUUGUGGAGCUAAGGGCUGUACAAAGCUCUUCCAUGCUACAGAAUUUGUCCAUAAGCAUUUGAAGUUAAAACACCUUGAUCUGGUGAUGGAGCUUACUUCUAAAGUGCGUGAAGAUCUAUACUUUCAGAAUUAUAUGAAUGAUGAAAAUGCGCCUGGUUGGACCCCUAUAAUGCAGCCAUCUCUACUGAAAGAGAAGGCACUAAGGCACCGACUUGGUCCAGAUGGUAGAGUGAAGGAUGACAGAGGGAACCGUAGAGAUCGUGAUGGUCGAGCUAAUGGUGGUGAAAGGUUUGAUAGGUCAGAGAACCCUCAAUCAGGGGAUUUUCAAUCCAAGAAUGUUGGUGCCAGUCGGGACAAUCCGGAUGAACAUAUGUUUGACACCUUUGGUGGACAAGAGCUUCCAGUUGCUCCUUUUUCCUCAGGCACAGCUCCUCCACCUAUGCUGAUGCCUGUUCCUGGUGCCGGUCCACUUGGGCCUUUUAUACCUGCACCUCCUGAAGUUGCAAUGCGAAUGAUGCAAAAACAAGGUGGCCGGCCCUCUAUUUUUGAAGGUGGUAGGUUGUCGGGGGCUGCAACAAAUGGGCCAGCCCCAAUAAUUGCGUUACCUCCUGCAUUUCGACAAGAUCCUCGUCGUUUAAGAAGUUACCAAGAUCUUGAUGCACCUGAAGAAGAAGUUACUGUGAUAGACUACAGAAGUUUGUAGCACUAGGCACGUAUCUGUUGAGUUGUAGAUGGAAGAGCGUUUAAAAUUUUGUUGAGGUUAUGAAGAUCGAUCUAACCACAUUGACUUGCAGAAGAUCGUUUUAUAGGCAGGAGAAAUCUUGGGUUUGGCUGCUGUUCAGAUGAGCUGUAGUGGCACAAUCAUGCCAGCUCUCUGGAUAUUUCCAGGUUCUGUGUUUGGUUUUCGAGUUUUGUAGAAUUAGCAUUUUCUCCCUUCUCCCCCUCGAUGUGGCAAAUUUUAGGAUAUAUGUUCAUAGUCUUUUAAAAUGGGAGAAAUGCCAAUGAUCACGAUGUACUGCUUUUUCGUGUUGCAUAUUAAAGCAAUUUUAAGGAAAUUAUAGCUACUGUUGAGACA